AUGUCUAAGCUUACUUCCUCCCAAGUUCGUGAAUACGUCCAACAAGUCUUGACUUACUCUAACGAAACCAAGAAGAGAAACUUCUUGGAAACCGUUGAAUUGCAAGUCGGUUUGAAGAACUAUGACCCUCAAAGAGACAAGCGUUUCUCUGGUACUUUGAGAUUGCCACAAGUUCCAAGACCAAACAUGACCAUCUGUAUCUUCGGUGAUGCUUUCGAUGUUGACAGAGCUAAGUCCCUCGGUUGUGAUGCUAUGUCCGUUGAAGAUUUGAAGAAAUUGAACAAGAACAAGAAGUUGAUCAAGAAAUUGGCCAAGAAGUACAACGCUUUCGUCGCCUCUGAAGUCUUGAUUAAGCAAGUUCCAAGAUUGUUGGGUCCUCAAUUGUCUAAGGCUGGUAAGUUCCCAACCCCAGUCUCCCACAACGAUGACUUGAACGCCAAGGUUAACGAUGUUAAGUCCACCAUCAAGUUCCAAUUGAAGAAGGUCUUGUGUUUGGCUGUUGCCAUCGGUAACGUUGAAAUGGAAGAAGAUGUCUUGGUUAACCAAAUCAUGAUGGCUUCUAACUUCUUGGUUUCCUUGUUGAAGAAGCACUGGCAAAACGUCGGUUCUUUGCACAUCAAGUCUACUAUGGGUCCAGCCCACAGAAUCUACUAA